AGCUAUAAAACAUGAAUAGAAGCACGAAUGCCCCGAUCUGCCCUCGCUCUCUGCUCAAGCUUGACAAGAGAGGCAAGAAGCCUUCUAGGAAGAGGAACAUCUCCGAAUUUGAUGGAAAGACGCAUGUCUACAAGAAGAAGCAGAGGGGAUCUUCUCUAGUCAAAUUUGAGAAGCCAUUUAAAAGUUUGGACAAUAUUCCAGAGGUUUACUCUGAAGCUAGCGAUGAAAAUUACUGGGAGUCCUCCACCAAGAGUAACUCAGUGAUAAAAUUAGGAGAUAAAAAAGCCCAAAGUGUAACUGGAGACGCCCAAAGACUGAACAAAAUGCCCAAAGAGACAAAGAGAAAGAUAACUAAAUUAUCAAAGACUAAAAAGUCACCACAACUUGUGAAGAAUCUUUUGAAGGAUAAAAAUAGAAGAGUCCAGAGAGACCCCAGGAGUCAAGGACUUAAAUAACUAUACGACGGAAGAUGAUAAAAGAGCUACAUUUACGCAGAAGAAAACGAGCAUUAUUAGUCUCAAGAAGAAAUCUUCAAAAAUACCCCAAAAAUCCAAAUUUAGAGACUCAUGAGCAUCAGCUUUAAAGAGGAGGUCGACUUAUAAGCAGGCUUCAGAGUCUUCUUACUCUGUGUCUCGCCCAGGGUCGGCUAAAAGGGAAAGCUCGGGGAAUAGAAAAAAAUCUAGUACUAAGACACCUUCUGCAAAAUCUACAUUUGGAUCAAAGAAGACCACACUAUACCUAAAACCUCCAAAAAGAGACAAGAAUGUUAAUAUCCCAUUUGGAAGCUCAGAAAGAGCAACUCCUCAGAAAUCCAAAGCUUCAGGUUCCAACAUCAGGAACUUAUUAAUCCUUGAGAAGGCAAAGAAAGAUAAGGUCAUCAAGCCUCUGUCGAAAAGUAUCCACAGAAAGCAAAGCCAGAAGUCGUCUUGUGAACGGAAAUCGGUCUCAAGAUCUAGGGUGACACCCAACAAAGCUCCUAGGGCCAACUUAAGACACUGCAAAUUCUCAACUCCCCCUUCCAAGCCAUCAAGCUCCACUCCGACCAAAAACCCCACUCCUCACAAAGGCCAUACGCCUAAAUGUCAGAUUUCCCCACACCCCAAACUAAACUUCCCGGCCUCAAAAUCUAGGUAUUCCAAAGCCUAUAGCUCCAAUACGGCCCAAUCUCUAGUCUCCUCCACAUCUCCCUUAACUCCCAAUCCUCCUUCCUCUAAAAACCCAGGGCAUACUCCUGAAAGAGCAGAUUCCUUAAAAGCGUACGCUAGAAGUUACACUUAUCUCUCAAGGAAGGCUUAGAAAGGGAUAAUUUCAGGUUUAAAAAGAUUUUCAUGAUUUUCUUGGU